AUGGUAAAGCCCCGCCGCCGUUCCGGCUCUAGUAUAGUGGUUUUAGAUAGCGAAGAUUUAAAACCCUGUCUACCCGAUGUUUAUAAUAAUUUACCACAUCUACGACAAACAACAAACGAAGAAGAUACACAAGAAAUUGAUCAGGAAUUGUAUACCACCAUGUUGAAGUCCAUAAAUCAAGAUAAUGGACCUCAUCGUGAGAUGGCUGUGGAUUGUCCCGACAAUUUUAUAGCACGCAAUAAAACACCGCCACGUUAUCCACCACCCCGUCCACCACAGUCGCAAAAACUUAAUAAUGCCUUGAGUUUGAAGGGUAAAACGCUACCGUUAACCCCCAAUCCGAAUGGCAAUGCUGGGGUAGGUUCUCUAGCUUCUACGCCUGACGAUUUGGAAUUAAUGGUUGAUACUUUAUAUCGUAAAGGCUCCUCCUCACAUUCCUCCUCGUUUGAAUGUGAGGUUUUGAGCAAGAAAUCGGGCGAGUCAUAUGAUUCCAUCUCCUAUCGCCAGCUGACUAAUAACAAUAAUAAUCAUCUUAAUAAUAAAGCCUCACCUACCCAGCAUCCUAACAACGCUACCAUCACUACCACCACCACUUCCUCCUCCACGUCGUCUUCUUCACUUCAUAACAAAUCCAAUGGUCUUUCUGCCGAAGUUUUAAAUGGCUGCCUUAAUAACGGCAGUGGUGAUUCUCUUACCAGCAUCACCAGUUCUAGUUCUACUCCUCCACCGGAAUAUGAACUUAAAGAAUUUUCCUCUAAAUCCAGCAUUUUACCUCCCUUA